GUGUAAGAGAAACGAAAAACAAAAUCCAACCGAACUUCAAACAUCAAAGUUCUCACAGAUGACAUCUUCUUGAGUUGGUUCGUCAUCGCCGGGCAACAGCGACCGUCUCCGCCGCGCCUCGCACCUCCGGCGACGCACAGCCGUCUCCUCUCACCAGCUCAGAAUCGCUUAAAAGAUAAAACCUUUCUGCCCUUAUCCUUUACAUUGUGCUUAUCCUUUUUCUUCGUUUCAAUUAAUCUCCCUUAUGCAAUUAAUUCAACAAAUUCCAUGGCCUGUAAUUGCCUUAUCCGUUCUCCAUCUCCGCCCAUAGUCCUACUUAGGCGGCCUCGUCCCAAAUCCAUUUUCCCCAUUUCGUGCAGCCUUUCUGCAAACCCAGAAAACGCUUCAGUGGAAGAAGAGUCGAAGCUCAAGCGGGCCCCACUAGAUUUGCUCAAGCUCUCAGUGACACUAACCGCAGUCUCAUCCUCUCUCCCCAAGCCCUCUUCAGCUGCACCCAAAGUGUCCAAGAAAAGGCAGUCAGGGAAAAAAACCGGGGUCAUAACCCCUUACGAGCUGCAGAAAUGGUGGGAGGGGCUUCCUUUGGUGUCCCACAGGCUCCAUUAUACUGAAAUAUUGGAUUUGAUGAGAGAAAAUAAGCUGAAACACAUUGUGAAAUCCUCGGAUGGCAAAUUAAAGUGGCGGGGGGCAGUCGUUCUGGUGGUUUUUGAUGAUGACAGGGUUUUCCGGGCAGUUUUGCCCUCGUUCGAGAGUGAUCCGGCUUUCUGGGAAGAAUGGGACGAGUUGAAAAUCGAUGGCCUCUGCAUGAAUGCUUACAGUCCGUCCGUAAAGCGUCCUGAUAUGCCAAAUCCUUACCUUGGAUUCUUGAACAAAUUCGCCAAGUCGAUUUUCUCGUUGGUCAUGGGGCCGCCUCAGUCGAAAAAGGCACUAGAGUUACAGAGAAUGAGAGAGCAGAUAAAAAAGAGGAGGAGUGACGAGCUGGAAAGGAUGAAAGAAGAAAGGGAGUUGGUAGAAAUGGAGAUGAAAAUGCAGAAGAAGCUGGAGGAGAAGCAGAGAAGAAUGGAACUUAAGCAAUUAAACUACCAAAGAUCCCUUCGCCAGGCGCAGAGAACCUCGAUUAUGCAGUCCAAAAUGUGGGAAGAGUUGGCUAAAAAUGGAUUUGUCACGUCAGGCCUUGGUUUGUUUUUUUUCUACUUAUUUUACCAGACGGUGGUUCUUAAAUACAAAAAGCAGAAGAAGGAUUACGAGGACAGGUUGAAGAUAGAGCAAGCGGAGGCUGAGGAGAGAAAGAAAACGAAGGAGCUGGAAAAGGGAGUGACCGGAAUUAAGGGUGAUAGAGAGGAAGGGGCAAAAGGGGAAGGAAAUCCUUACGUGAUGAUGGCGAAGAAGUUCACUAUGUCUGGGGCCCGCGUCCGUGGAGCUAAGACCAAGAAGCUCCCACAGUAUUUGGAAAAAGAUGUGGAUGUGAAGUUCACUGAUGUGGCCGGGCUCGGAAAAAUCAGGAUCGAGCUCGAGGAGGUUGUGAAAUUCUUCACUCAUGGGGAUAUAUACCGGAGGCGGGGGGUGAAAAUACCUGGAGGUAUACUUCUAUCUGGGCCCCCUGGCGUGGGGAAGACUUUGUUAGCAAAAGCGGUGGCUGGUGAGGCAGGUGUAAAUUUCUUCUCCAUUUCCGCAUCUCAGUUUGUUGAGAUGUAUGUUGGAGUCGGUGCUGCUCGUGUUCGAUCACUUUACGAGGAAGCAAAACAAAAUGCUCCAUCUGUUGUUUUCAUUGAUGAACUGGAUGCUGUAGGAAGAGAACGUGGUCUGAUUAAGGGAUCGGGUGGCAAAGAACGUGAUGCUACUCUAAAUCAGCUUCUUGUGUGCUUAGAUGGGUUUGAAGGCAAAGGUGAAGUCAUCACUAUUGCCUCCACAAAUAGGCCCGACAUUUUGGAUCCAGCACUUGUGAGGCCCGGGAGGUUUGACCGGAAAAUAUGGAUUCCUAGGCCUGGGCUGAUAGGCCGUAUCGAAAUUCUCAAGGUUCAUGCUCGGAAUAAACCAAUGGCCCCGGACGUUGAUUACAUGGUUGUUUCUGCUUCGACAAAUGGGAUGGUUGGUGCUGAGCUGGCGAACGUGAUUGAGGUUGCUGCAAUCAACAUGAUGCGUGAUGGGCGUAAAGAGAUUACCACUGACGACUUGUUACAAGCUGCAGAAAUGGAAGAAAAUGGGCCGCUAGAAAGAAAAGAGAGAAGCCCAAAUAUGUGGAGGCAAAUAGCUACAAAUGAAGCAGCUAUAUUAGUGGCUGCCGUCAACUUCCCGGAACUCAGAAAUAUUGAGUUUGUGACGCUAGCACCAAGAGCUAGAAAUGACUUUGGUUAUGCACGAAUGAAAUUCGAUAACUUGAAAUUCGACACUGGCAUGUUAAGCCGGCAGUCUGUCUUGGAUCACAUAACCGUCCUACUCGCUCCACGUGCAGCUGAUGAACUCAUCAACGGGAAAAAUCGGUUGAGUACAAUAUCGUCAGCCCCUUCAAAUGGUGCCAGAUCAGCUGCGAGGGCUUUAGUUCUCGGUGGCCUUUCUGAGGAGCAUUAUGGAUUGAACAAUUUCUGGACUACAGAAAAGAUAGAACAUAUUGAUAUAGAGGCGCUGAAGAUCCUGCACUCGUGCUAUGAACGUUCAAAAUCGAUAAUUCAGGAUAACAUGGAUCUCUUGGAUGCUAUUGCUCGUGAGCUUGCGGAGAAGAAAACUUUAACGAAAGAAGAAUUCUUCAACUUAGUCGAGCUGCAUGGGUCCCUUCAACCUCCGCCACGUAGCAUAGUCGAUAUCAGAUCAGAAAAAUUGUUAGAGCUGCAAAAUAUGAUGGCCCACAAUGAGAAAGCACCUGUCGAGUUAAAUGUAUAAGCCUGUUCAGUUAAGAAAGAAAGAAAAAAAAAAUCGCAAAUCUGAAAAUCAGCUCUAAAGCAGAGGAGAUAAGGAGCGAUGGGUUUGCAAUUUAACUGAUCAAAUUUGGCGCCGAGCACGGUUGACAUAUCACCUCGAACAACAAAGGGCAUCGAGAGAGGGACGAUUUCGAGCUCGGUUAUUGCUAGUGUAUUUGUGGUUUAGAUAUGUUUUUUGUUGUUUGUUUUACAAAGCUUCUCACCAAAGUAGUUGUUGAUUUCAAGCAGGUCACGUGAUAGUUUGAUUGUAGUUUAUGAAUAGUAUUUUUUUAUUUAUUUAAGUGAUAUUUGCUUUUCCUAUGAAAAACAUAGUUUUUGAAUUGACGUGCAGACUUUGGGUCAUCGGGUUAAUUGCUG